UUGCGGUUUAGUUAAGUAUUUCUUAACGCCUCGUAUUUGUUAGUAUGUCCUCCGCCCCAAUAAGAUCAUUCAUUCAGGCGCGAGAUCCAAGUGUCGACCGAAGAUUUCGACCAAGACCAAUGCGGCGUGUUAACUUAAUAAAACUGAUUAGUGAAGAUGAAGAGGAAAACGACAGUUGGAGUGAUACAGAAAGUGAACAUGGAAGUGAAACAACUGAAUCAAUUAGCACUAGCAGCAAUAGUACUCAAACUGACGGUGCUCUAGUUUAUCUACGACUGCGUCCAACCACAGAUGGGGUAGUAUCAAGCUCAUAUACGACCGAUAAGAAUGUUUUCAUUACAAGGAACAGCUCUGACAGAGUUGGCAAGAAUUUAACCGAGAAACAUUUCACCUUCUCCGAUAUUAUCAGUAGUUCUGUGCCCCAGGCGAGUGUAUACGAUACUUGCAUCCGAAAGUCCAUUGAAACUGAGGAGAAUCUAACAAUACUUACGUACGGUACAUCAGGAUCAGGAAAAACAUACACCCAAAUUGGUAAUACUGAGAAUCCUGGACUUAUUCCGCGUGCCCUAGAGCACAUCUUCACAUUCUACGGAAGCCAAGUACAAGAUUAUCCUUGCGUUAGUAUUGUUAACGCUGCAAUCAACUUUUUAAACGUUAACGAAAUAGAAGACCAUGUUAAGCUGAGAAGAAAAGUGCUAGUCGCCACUAACACGGAACGCUGCAAUCAUGAGCGGCUGAAAGAUCUUGUAUUGAGUGAACAUGGGUUUGAGUCAAACGAUUCGGAGGAGAAGAGGGUAUUUGUUUGGGUUUCAUUCGCUGAAAUUUAUAACGAAAUGGUUUACGACCUCCUAAAUCCGUCCUACGAGCAACAGCUUUCAAAGAAAAAGGGUUUAACAAUUGUUUCAAAUAAAGGACAAGUGUUCAUAAAGAAUCUCACAUCGAUUUGCGUUCGGAAUAGUUUUGAAGCUCAGUUGCUGCUUCGUGCUGGAACCCAACGAAUCACUUUUGGCUCCACCGCAGUUAAUAAUCAUUCUAGCCGUUCACACUUUGUAUUUUUCAUUGACGUUAUCACAGUUUCGCCUCCCGAUGUCGUUGAAUUUCAUUCUUAUAAAUUUUGUGAUCUGGCUGGUUCAGAGCGCCUACAUAAAACCCAAAACGUUGGCAAUCGCUUGAAAGAAGCUCAACGCAUCAAUACGUCACUUUUAGUCCUUGGACGUUGCUUGGAUGCUGUAUAUCAUAAUCAGCAAAAGAAAAAUGCUGACGUCGUGCCUUAUCGCGAAUCAAAACUCACAACACUCCUACAGGCACCACUAGUUGGAAAAGAGAAAAUGACUAUGAUAGUCAACAUCAAUCCGUUAGAUGAAUACUUUGAAGAAAAUUUGAAUGUCCUCAGUUUUGCUUCGAUUGCAAAAAAUAUUAUAUUCAAGCAAAAACCUAAAAAGCUCGUGAAGCGAUCGCGAUAUUCUUGGCUGGCGUGCAACGUGCCAUUAAACCAAUCACUAAGCACAAAUGAGAAUACCGAAUAUUUGCGAGAAGAGAUCAAGAUACUUAAUAAUGAAGUUGAAAAUCUGACUAACGAAGUGGCGAGAUUAGAACGGGAACUAACUACACAAGAAAUGAGUCUAAGAAAGGAAUUGAUUAGCGGGAAUGAAGCAAUAGUUCAGCGUAUCGAGGAGAAUUGGAGAAGACGUUUAGAUCAACAAAAGAAUUAUUAUGAAGGAAGAAUCCAAAUACUGCAAGAUCAACUUAAAAAUCAAAGGAAUUUCUACGAAGAGAAGAUACGUACACAACAGCUCCAUAACAAAAGCAACGGUAGCCCAAAGGAUGGUUCAAUAUAUGUUACAGAUUCAGGGAGUGAUGCGGAUGCCGAUGAUUCUGAUCUCAAUUAAGACCUGAGCACAACGAUUUCAAUAAAAAUGAAAGUAAU